GUCAAUUUUAGUUGCGUUCUGUUUUCUAAUAAAAAUAAAGAAUAUCUAAAAGGUAAUUUAUAAAUAAAAGUAGAAAUACACAGUAGAAUUACAGUUUUUAGUUGUGCACACAUAUUUAUUGCCGAACCAACAAAACAUGAAUCAACAAGGAAUUACUAAAAAGAUACCAAUUCCCAAAGAUUCCAACAGAGUCGAUAAUUUAAAUGAGGUUCUUAAUGACUUCGUCGAGUUGUCGAAAAUAUCACAAAAAUUGAAAGUAAAAUACACAAAUUUAGAAGAAGAGCUUCAGGACCACCUUAAUAUAAUAUCGUUAUUAGAGAACGAUAAAGCUACAUUUGAAAGUCAAUUAAAAGUAACCCAAAAAAAAUUAAAUGAUACUAAAUUAAAUAAUAAUCGUCUUUUGGAAGAAAACUCAAAAAUACCGAUAUUAAAUGAAAAAAUUACAAACUUAGAAUGUCAAUUGAAAGCUAUCUCAAAGAACCUUCAAGAAAAUACCACUAAAUAUACCAAUCAGUUAAAAGCGGCUAAUGCAGAAAAAGCUGCAUUAAAUGAUAAACUAAAACAGAUAUCUACAGAGCUAGAUUCAAAAAAUUUAGCUUGUGCUAAAUUAUCUGAAGAAAAUUCGAAAAUUUCGAACUUAAAUGCAGAGAUUUCAAAACUAAAAAAACAAUUUCAUCAAACAUCUUUGGAAAAUGAGUUAAUUAAAGAAAAAUUCGAAAAACUUACAGCAGAAAAUGCAACAUUAGUACUAUUGAAACAAACGUCGCUGGAAUUGGAGAACGAAAUUUCAAAAUGUACUCAGCUAUCGUUAGAGAAUGUGGAACUAAAAAAUAAUUAUGAAAAACUUACAGCUGAAAACUCAACAUUAAGAGUAAAACAAGACGAUAUUUAUAAAACAACAUUGAUGCUAAAUCAGAAUGUCAAUACACUGGAACAAAAACUUAAACAUGUAACAUUACAGUUAGAAAAAGAAAUUGCGACAGGUAUUCAAUUAAACGCGGAGAAUCAAAAACUAAAAUCUUUAAGCCCAGCUACAAGAUCAGAAUCAGGACAAAUAGAGGAGAAUAUGAAAAUCCAGCAACUUGAAGAAAAGCUUAAGCAGUUGUCAGCUGAGCUUGAAAAAGAAGUUUCUAAAAAUAGCGCACUUGGAGAAUAUAACAAGCAGUUGGAUCGACUUAUAAGUGGAUUGAAAUCAAAAGCUAAAUCAGAAACUGUUUCUACAAAAUCAGUGGAAAAAUUUGAAAAAACCACAGGAUCAAUUGAAGUUUAA